AUGAAUUCGGAGCAGCACUGGAGGAUGAGCUCGCGGGAGUCGUUGGCCACCCGGAUGUCUGGCAGGAGUUCCUUGAUGAGCUUAUUCAUGGCCGCCCGAGGGAUCGUCAGUUCCUCGUCCUCCUUCUCCGUCGACGCCAUUCCUCCGCGGUUUGCACCCAACUAUCACCACCAGUGCGAUCAUUGUAUAAAUGGUUGGCUUUUGAGCCAAUCGUUGCACUCAUCCAUCACUCCAUUCAAUGANAAGGGAUACAAGAAAGUAGACGAAUAUAUCGCCAAAUUAAGAGACGGAAAGUUAGAGUCAAUGGCCGGACGAUCUCCCGAAGAAACAUUGGAAUCAAUGAUUAAUAAGGAAUUGUCUGAGAUUCGAGACCACGCGGGAAAGGCGUGCGUCAAAGAACUCGGAACUAAAAACUCUCCGCUUUUGAUGGCAAUGUGCGGCUCUAAAGGAUCUCUUAUUAAUGUCUCUCAAAUGGUGGCCUGUGUUGGGCAGCAAACCAUUAGAGGAGAGCGCGUUCCCGACGGCUUUGGUGACCGAACUCUCCCUCAUUUUGGACACAAAGAGAAGUCUCCGCUCGCGAAGGGAUUUGUAGAAAACAGCUUUUAUUCGGGACUCACGACAACUGAAUUCUUUUUCCAUACAAUGGCCGGAAGGGAAGGACUGUUAGACACAGCCGUCAAGACUGCGGAAACCGGUUAUAUGCAGAGACGCUUAGUUAAGGCGCUCGAGGAUCUGGUUUCCCAUUACGACGGAUCCGUUCGAAACUCUUGUGGAGAUGUUAUUCAGUUUAUUUAUGGCGACGACUGUCUGGACCCGUCUAAUAUGGAAGAGAGCUCUCGACUCAUCAAUUUGGAGCGUCUUCUUCAACAUACAUGUGCUGUCCAUUCGUGUAAAGAAGAGCCGCCCCUUUCAUGCCAUGAAAUUAGAGAAUCGAAAGAGUUGAAAGUAUUUUUGGAGAACUUUAUAGAAAAACUCGACAAAAUUCAGAUGCGUUUUGAUAGUUAUUGUGAUAAUAAAGCGGUGAAAGAAAUCCAGAGAUUAACGAAAACACAACUCCAAAAGUUUUUGUUUGCGUGUGGGGACAAGUACUUGAGGGCUCGCAUAGAGCCGGGAACAGCUGUCGGUGCCAUCUGUGCUCAGAGUAUUGGAGAACCGGCCACUCAAAUGACACUAAAGACGUUUCAUUUCGCUGGCGUCGCCUCAAUGAACAUCACUCAAGGAGUUCCGCGAAUCAAGGAAUUAAUUAACGCCAACAAAACCAUUUCGACGCCAAUUAUUUGCGCCAUUCUUCAGAACAAUACGAACCCAGAGAUGGCCAGAGCUGUGAAGAUGCGCAUCGAAAAGACCACUUUAAGAGAGGUCUGUGAAUAUCUGGAAGAAGUGGUGACCAGAGAUGACUGCUUUGUUCUCAUCAAGCUAUAUAUGGAUCGAAUCAAAUUGCUUAACUUAGAAGUAAACGCUUAUUCAAUACAGGAAUCGAUUGCAAAGCAAUUAAGAAUAUCUUUGAAUAAGAUAUCUAUUGUGGACGACGAGGAGUCGAUGCUUACGGUUUCGGCCAUUAAUACCGACACCUGGACUCUGAGAGAGGCCUUGUGUAAGGUUGUGAUCAAAGGCUGUGAUAAAGUGAGACGAGCGGCCAUUCGUGACAAUAGCGGGGAAUACUAUCUCAUGAUUGAAGGCGAGGGACUGCGAGAUGUUAUGGCCACCUAUGGGGUGGACCCCAGAAAAAGCUAUUCUAAUAACAUUAUGGAAGUGUCGCACACUUUGGGCAUCGAAGCCGCGAGAACUAUGAUUAUCAAAGAGAUUAAGUCAACGAUGGAAAACCACGGCAUCAGUAUUGAUGAAAGACAUCUCAAACUAUUGGCCGAUACCAUGACCUAUAAGGGAGAGGUGUUGGGUAUCACUCGCUUCGGUCUCGCGAAGAUGAAGGAGUCGUCAUUAAUGUUGGCAUCGUUUGAACGGACAGCUGACCACCUAUUCGAUGCGGCCUAUUAUGGACAGGUAGACCACAUACUGGGUGUUUCCGAAUCGAUCAUAUCUGGAAUGCCUAUGCGUUUGGGCACCGGUUUCUUUGAUUUGCUCCAGAAGUCAGACGAAGACAUCGACCAAUUGGUGACCAGACCAUUGAUUUUUGACGACAAAUCUCUUCACAAUAGCUUCUCCUAUGAAAUCGACGAAACAUUUGCUCCACAGUUGCAGUGAAUUGAAUCCACGCUGUAUCUCAUCACUUGAAAUAUUUAUCGCAUUUUAUGUUAUUUUUAAAAAUCUUUUGAAAUUAAUUGUAUUUUUGUAAAUCAAUUGUAAAACACAUAAAUAUAAUAAAAGUUGUAUUAAAAUCUAAAUACCGUAUUACCAUUUGACGC